GUGGAUACACGUGUUCGGCAAACCAAACACACAGAGCGGCCGGCCCCGAUGGACAUGGACGCGGACGGCGGCGCCGGCAUCGACGCCCUGCCCGGCGACAUCUUCGUCGAGGUGCUCCGCCGCCUCCGCGCGCACUCCCUGGCCAGGUGCCGGUGCGUGUGCACGCUCUGGCGCGCGGUCGUGGACGGCCGCGGGCUCCUCCUCCCGCACGCGCUCCCCCCUCGCGCGUUCCCGGGCUUCUUCACCAACGUCCGCGCCGCCAAACCGUGGAGGCCCCACCCUCACCCCGGUUUCCUGCCCCCGCCGGCCUCGCGGGCUCCCAACGCCGACAGGCUCGCCUUCCUGCGGCCGCACCUCCCGUGCAGCGGCGCCGACGCCGCCGUGCAGGACCAAUGCAACGGCCUCGUGCUCUGCUUCCAGGACUAUCUGGUCGGCAGGCCCGUGGCGGGCUUCGUGUGCAACCCCACGACGGAGCGCUGGGCGCGCCUGCCGCCCCCGCCGACGUGGUGGCCGCGCGGACACGAGGGCCUGUUCCUGGCCUUCGACCCGGCGGUGUCGCUGGAGUACGAGGUCCUCCUCCUUCCCGUGCCACCUACUCGACGCUGCAUCUCCGACGCCGGCCUCCCCGCCGACGAGGCUCCCAGGCAAGGGCAGGUGACGUUGGGAAUGUUCAUGCCGGAACCGCUCGAGGGACAGCAGCAACAGCCGGGCCAGGAGAAAGCGCUGCCUCUGCUCGUGUUCUCGUCGGCGCACGGGCGGUGGACUCGGCGACUGCUCGCGCCGGGCCGGUGCGCCCCGCCCCGCCUCUACGACAGGGUAGUGCGGCGGCGCAGGCGGACCGCGGAGGGGGACCCGUGGUUACGGACGUGGCGGCCGUCGGCGUUGUACUGCCGCGGUUCGCUCUACGCGCACUGCGAGAAGCGCAUCCUGGUGGUGCUCCGCUGCUCGGAGGGGACGUACGACAUGGUCAAGCUCCCGGCCGACGAGGCAGAACUCGAGCACGUCUCGUCGGGCCUCCUUGUGGACUCCAUCUUCGCGAGCACCGACGACGGGGUGCUGCUGCGGUACGCGAGCGUCGACGCGUUCCGCGUCAAGGUGUGGGCGCUGCAAGAAUCGGCGGCGGGCGGCGGUGGGCAGCAGCAGCUGGAGUGGACGCUGACGCACGACAAGGACCUCGCCGCGCACGCGCGCAUGCUGGACCUGCUUCGUCACGCGCCGUCCAAUCGCGUCCCGCUCGCCACUGGAGAAGGGAGCGGUGGAGGGCGAGGCAAGAGCGUGUGGUUCUCCGACGAGGACGCCGAGGAAGUUGGCAAUGGUGGUGGUGACGUGGGCGACGGGUGCUCCGGCUCCGGGCGGUGGAACUGGGACGACGCUAGCUUGCUCGACAUGGAGAUUGGCGAGGAUGAGCCGCCGCUCGACGUCGGGGCCGGCGCCCUGAAUCGGUUCUCGAUCCUGGGGUGUCACCCGAGCAGGGAGGUGAUCUUCCUCGUCGCCGGCGCGUUCCACGUCGUGGCGUACCAUCUCGGCAGCGGCAAGGUGCAGUACCUGGGUCGUAUUGUGUCGCUGGGCGAUGGUGACCGCGUCGAGGCCGCGUUCCCUUACCGCCCAUGCACCGUCGACGCGCUCCCCAGCUACACCUGCCCUUUCCCAUCCCUGGAGGCUGCCACUGCCAACAACAACAAGACUCGUCUAUUGGGCCGCAGCGGCUGCUAGCUUGCAAAGACUUCAGUUUCAUCGAAUUUGAGUGUGCUACUUUAUGUAGCAAAGUAGCAUGAGACUUUUGUUUGGAUUAAAAUUAAUUGGACUACUAGUUUGCUUCAUGAUUUGUGCGGAGUUUUUUUUAAAGACCACGGGAGCACAUAUAUUAGUAUAUGUAUAUCGCUGUUAUUAUUAUUAUUAUUAUU